AUGUCAGCGACGUCACGCCGUGAGAACCCCUUCAAGCCUGCUGCCAGGGUAGCAGGACAGAGGCAGGAUGUCUGGUCCAUUGUCAACGAAGCAGCAGCGGCCUCUCCUGUACAGCCCAUUGUGAAUAUGGGCCAGGGUUUCUUCGGCUACAAUCCCCCUCAAUUCGUCCUUGAUGCCGCAAAGCAAGCUCUUGAUAGAGUAGAAUGCAAUCAGUACUCCCCCACGAAGGGCCGACCGAGGUUAAAGAAGGCGAUCGCGGAUGCAUACUCGCCCUUCUUCGGACGUACACUGAACCCGGAUACGGAGGUUACGAUAACGACUGGUGCAAACGAGGGCAUGCUGAGCGCUUUCAUGGCGUUUCUGGAGGAUGGCGAUGAGGUUAUCGUAUUCGAGCCGUUCUUCGACCAGUAUAUCAGCAACAUCGAGAUGCCCGGUGGAAAGGUCGUUUACGUCCCCAUGCAUCCGCCGAAAGAGGGCGCUACCAAAACCACCUCGGCUGCGGAGUGGACACUGGAUAUCGAAGAAUUCAAGAAGGCUAUCACGCCCAAGACCCGCAUGAUUGUUCUCAACUCCCCACACAAUCCCAUCGGCAAGGUGUUCUCGAGAGAAGAGCUGCAGGCGAUUGCAGACAUCUGUGUUGAGCGCAACAUCAUAAUCCUCUCGGAUGAAGUGUAUGAUCGACUCUACUAUGUUCCCUUCACACGCGUGGCUACGUUAUCGCCAGAGGUUGCGAAACUCACUCUUACCGUUGGCUCCGGCGGCAAGAACUUCUACGCAACGGGCUGGAGGGUAGGAUGGCUGAUCGGACCGGAACACCUCAUCCAGUAUGUUUCCGCCGCACACACCAGGAUCUGUUAUUCUUCUGUGUCGCCUCUUCAGGAGGCGACAGCGGUCGGCUUCGAGCAAGCCGAUGCUCACAACUUCUGGGAAAACUCAAGGAAGGAGAUGAAGGCCAAGAUGGACAAGUUCAACGCCAUCUGGGACGAGCUCGGCUUGCCCUACUCUGAUCCCGAGGGUGGCUAUUUUGUGCUAGUCAACAUGUCCAAGGUGCAAUUGCCGGAGGACUACCAGUUCCCGCCACACGUUGCUGAGCGGCCCCGGGAUUUCAAGCUGUGCUGGUUCCUGAUCAUGGAGUUGGGAGUUGCAGCCAUACCGCCGACGGAGUUCUUCACGCCCGAGAACGCGCAUAUCGUGCAGGACUGGCUGCGGUUUGCCGUGUGUAAGAAUGACGAUGUGCUGGAGACGGCGCAGGAACGCCUGCGGGGGCUGAAGAAGUAUAUAAAGGCGUAG